UUUUUUUCAAUUUUGCUGGAAAAGUAUAGGUCCGGACCUGGAGUGCCUACAGGGCGCUACGCCGACAUGUAGUAGUGAAAGUGGUAGUUGUGUAGGUGGUGCUAGUAGUAGUAAUUGUGGUAAUAAUUGUAGUUGUAGUGAAAGUGGUAGAAAUUUAAGAAGAAGUGGUGGUAGUAGUAUUUGUAUUGGUAGUGAAAGUGGUAGUGGUGAUAGCGGUAGUUGUUGUGGUAGUAGUAAUAGCGGUAGCGGAAGUAGAAGCAGUGGUCGUAGAAUGGGAGUAAUAGAAGAGUAGAAGUAGCAGCAGUAUAGGCAGCUGCUGGUUUAGUUGUAUUAGUUGUAAAUGUAAAGAAUUUAUUUCGAUAGGAAAGAUAGAUGAAGCCUGUUUGAUGUGGAAGAGAUGUUUGCUGUUGUAUUUGUAGAAGUAGUAGUGGGUUUUCCUUUAUAUAAUGUCAUUUUCUCUUUUCACUAGGUGUCAAAUGCGCUUGAAACAUUAUGAGACAUGACAGGAGAUGUUAAAAUUGACUCACAUCACUCAAAACGACCACCUCCUAUUGCACUUGGUAUCAACGUUGAAAAGCCAAACUUUCCCCAAUACGCCGUCUAUUCUAAACGUCUGGAAUCAUUCGAAGCUUGGCCAGAAUACAUCCCAGUUGACAAGAUUGACCUAGUUGAUGCAGGUCUCGUAUAUACAGGUGUUGGUGACAGUGUGAGAUGUUACUUCUGUGGUGGUGGAUUGAGAAACUGGGAAUAUGGCGUUGUUCCUAUGGAAGAACAUGCAAAAUGGUACCCAAAAUGUCCACACAUUCUACUGGUCAAAGGACAAGCUUAUACAGAAAGACUGAGCCGAGGUGAAAAGCCUGAAAUAGACGGGAGUUCUGGAAAUGUAUACUUGGACACAUCUGCAAAAACAAAUUUAAUAGACAGUAUAGCAGCUCAAAGUUGUAUUGAGAUAGGCUACACAGAUCAUAUGGUCCAAAAAGCAAUCGACAUAUACACCAACAAAUAUGGGAAAAACGACUUCAAAGGCAAAGAUUUAUGUGAAAUACUUUUCGAAUUAGAAGAAAACCCAGAAGCUAUCGAUACUUACAAAGAAGAUCAAAGCCAAAUUGCACAGGUUGAUAGUGAUACAUUGAACGAAGAUAUAGAACCACUUGAGACAUUGGUUGAAGAAAAUCAAAGACUGAAGGAGAACCAGAUGUGUAAAAUAUGUCUUGACAGCAGAGCAGAUAUAAUAUUUCUGCCAUGUGGUCACAUGGUCAGCUGUCCACAAUGCGCUCCUGCUCUAACAAAGUGCCCAGUAUGCAGAAAAACAGUGAAUGGACAUAUCAAAGCUUUCUUUGCUACAACAAGUAUCAGCUGAUGUAGCAGCGUCAAAAUAUCACCUUGUUGGUAUUUACUCCUUUUUUUUUGUUUUUCAACACUUUGAUCUCAUUACUGUUUUAAUCCGGAAGUCUCAUUGUAUUUGAGAUAAAACGAGAGUUGGCACGAUUAUUCAAGAGGAAAGGUGGGUUUUGAAACCAAUGCGAUAUUUUACUAUAUUCCACUGUUCUGUAAACAAACAGUUUAAAGAUAAACAGUUACAUACAUUUUUAAAGCAUCAGCACAGCACCAGAAGUGAGUGUGACAGUUAUCCAGAGUGGUGUGGCAUUGUGCCUGUUUCUUUAUGGUUUGCAGAUUCCAAAAGCCUGAACCAGAUAUGAUCAGAGUACAGUUUGAGAACACGAUUUGGAAAUGUUUUGUUAGAACAGAUACAGAAUAAUAAAGAACAAAACAGACCAAAUUUCUCCUUCUUAUGAUUGGUAAUAUUCCAAAUAAGACCGAGUACAACUCUGAGAAGAAAAUACACUUUAAAAUAUAUUUUUAUAACAAACUACAAAGUCUUUUAUUAAAUCGAAAUGUUUUAAAUUGCCGUGCAAUACUGAUUUUUGUAAAGAUCUUAAUCAUAUGAAUAAAGCAAAUAUAGAAAUACCUUUUAA